AUUUUUGUCUUUUGAACUAAGGCCUACAUGUGUGGGCUGGAUUGGAGACGGGCUAGAAUAGAACAGUGGCUGAAUUCUGCAGUUCACUGGCUGUUGCCCUGGGAAUGAAUCACCUGUGGUGUGACUCUUCAACCCCAGAAUGCGUGUUCCAUGAGGACAUUAAUGUAUCCAUGACAGGAUGCCCGGUGCCUUACAGUGCCCCAUACGUAGUCAAGUUUCAGUAAGUAGUUGCUGACUGGGUGAUUGAAACACAGAUCUUCCUAGUUAAGGAUUCAGUGUCAGUGUGGAACUAUAACCUAGAGACAAAUAACCCAUCAUAUUUGUGCCUGCCUUAAACUCUUUGACCUUUAUUUUCCAUUUCACAAAGCAUUUUUUUAUGUAUACAACACUGCCCUCUUCCUCUUUUCCCUCUUCUCGGUGAUGUAUCACCAGUUGAUGCUUUUUUCUUUUAUUGGGUGAGGCGCAGGAUAUAAAUCUCCCUGUUUAUAACUCUGACCUUUCUGUGAGCAAACACACAAAGUGAACUUUGGUUUAUCUCCUCCUAUAAUGUAGCUGCUAAUUGCUGACAGUCAGGCUGUAAGCCUAUGGUCCACGUGACCAGUGGAGUGACCAGAAAGGAGCGUGGGGAAGUGUGGACCGAGGGACCGAGCUACAGGCUGUCCGGCUGGGGUGCUUGCCUCCCUGGGAGCCCAGAGUAAAGCGAGUGAGCCCAGGGAGCAUGGUUCUGAGGUGAGGGAGGUCAUGAAGACGCUGCUCCCGGGCUUGGCUUUGUGGUCCCUGCUCCUGCGACCAGGGCUGAUGUUCUGGGCGUCCCACGUGAGUCAGAACUGCCACGAUGGCAACUAUGAGAUCAGUGUCCUGAUGAUGAACAACUCGGCCUUCCCAGAGCCCCUGGAGAACCUGAAAGCAGUGGUGAAUGAGGGUGUGAAAACAGUGAGGCAGCGUCUGCGUGAAGCUGGCCUAAAUGUGACGGUGAAUGCUACCUUCAUCUAUUCGGAAGGUGUGAUUUAUAAGUCGAGUGACUGCCGGAGUAGCACCUGUGAAGGCCUGGACCUACUCAGGACAAUUUCGAAGAAAAAACAGAUGGGCUGUGUCCUCAUGGGGCCCUCGUGUACCUAUUCCACCUUCCAGAUGUACCUUGACACAGAUUUGAACUACCCCAUGAUUUCAGCUGGAAGCUUUGGGUUGUCAUGUGACUACAAAGAGACUUUAACCAGGCUGAUGUCUCCAGCGAGGAAGCUCAUGUACUUCUUGGUUGACUUUUGGAAGGUCGAUAAUUUUCCAUUCAAACCUUUCUCCUGGAACACUGCGUAUGUUUUCAAGAAUAGUACCGAGUCUGAGGACUGUUUCUGGUACCUCAAUGCUCUGGAGGCUGGAGUUUCCUAUUUUUCUCAAGAACUCAGCUUCAAGGAAAUGUUGAGAGGAGAUGACCAGUUUCAGAAUAUCUUAAUGGACCAGAACAGGAAAAGCAAUGUGAUUGUUGUAUGCGGUACGCCAGAAACUAUCUCCUUCCUCAAGGGUGACCGGGCGGUGGCUGAAGACAUUGUCAUCAUUCUAGUGGAUUUAUUCCAUGAUUACUACUUUGGGGACAAUGCCACAGCCCCUGACUAUAUGAAAAAUGUUCUUGUUCUGACACUGCCUCCUGAAAAUUCCACCUUAAAUAGGUCUUUCUCCAAGGAUUUAAGACUGGCAGAAAAUGAUUUUGCUGUUGCCUACUUGGAUGGAGUCUUGCUCUUUGGACAUAUGUUGAAGCUAUUUCUUGAAAACGGAGAAGACGUUACCACCACUAAAUUCGCUCAUGCUUUCAGGAACCUAACUUUUGAAGGGCAUAUGGGUCCUGUGACUUUGGAUGACUGUGGGGACAUUGACAAUACUAUGUUUCUUCUGUACACCUCUGUGGACACCAACAAAUACAAUGUUCUUUUGACCUAUGACACCCGCAUAAACAAGACUAACCCAGUGGACAUGAGCCCCACGUUCAUCUGGAAGAACCAUAAACUUCCUAAUGAUAUUCCAGGCCGAGGCCCCCAGAUCCUGAUGAUUGCUGUCAUCACUCUCACGGGAACUGUGGUCCUCCUCCUGCUCAUUGCUCUCCUGGUGCUGAGAAAAUAUAAAAAGAAAUACGCACUUCGUCAGAAAAAGUGGUCCCACAUUCCUCCUGAAAAGAUCUUUCCUCUGGAGUCCAACGAGACCAACCAUAUUAGCCUAAAGAUCGAUGAUGACAAGAGGCGAGAUACAAUCCAGAGGCUACAACAGUGCAAAUAUGACAAAAAGCGAGUGAUUCUGAAGGAUCUCAAGCACAAUGAUGGCAAUUUCACUGAGAAACAGAAGAUAGAAUUGAACAAGCUGCUUCAGAUUGACUAUUACAACCUAACCAAGUUCUACGGCACAGUGAAGCUUGAGUCCAUGAUCUUCGGGGUGACUGAAUACUGCGAGAGAGGAUCCCUGCGGGAAGUUUUAAAUGACACCAUCUCCUAUCCUGAUGGUACAUUCAUGGAUUGGGAAUUUAAGAUCUCCGUCUUGUAUGACAUUGCUAAGGGGAUGUCGUAUCUGCACUCCAGUAAGAUAGAAGUCCACGGUCGUCUGAAAUCCACCAACUGUGUGGUGGACAGCAGAAUGGUGGUGAAGAUCACUGAUUUUGGCUGCAAUUCCAUUUUACCUCCAAGGAAAGACCUGUGGACUGCCCCGGAGCACCUCCGCCAGGCCAGCGUCUCCCAGAAAGGAGACGUUUACAGCUACGGGGUCAUCGCGCAGGAGAUCAUCCUGCGGAGAGAGACCUUCUACACGCUCAGCUGUCGGGACCAGAAUGAGAAGAUUUUCAGAGUGGAGAAUUCCAACGGAGUGAAGCCCUUCCGGCCAGAUCUGUUCCUGGAAACAGCAGAGGAGAAAGAGCUGGAAGUCUACCUGCUUGUCAAAAGCUGCUGGGAGGAAGAUGCAGAAAAGAGACCAGACUUCAAGAAAAUUGAGAACACAUUGGCCAAGAUAUUUGGCCUUUUCCAUGACCAAAAAAAUGAAAGUUAUAUGGAUACCUUGAUCCGACGUCUACAGCUGUAUUCCCGAAACCUGGAACAUCUGGUGGAGGAAAGGACCCAGCUGUACAAGGCAGAGCGGGACAGAGCUGACAGACUCAAUUUUAUGUUGCUCCCAAGGCUGGUGGUCAAGUCUCUGAAGGAGAAGGGCAUCGUGGAGCCUGAACUGUACGAGGAAGUCACGAUCUACUUCAGUGACAUCGUGGGCUUCACCACGAUCUGCAAGUACAGCACCCCCAUGGAGGUGGUGGACAUGCUCAACGACAUCUAUAAGAGCUUUGACCACAUCCUCGACCACCACGACGUGUACAAGGUGGAAACCAUUGGUGAUGCCUACAUGGUGGCUAGUGGUUUGCCUAAGAGAAACGGAAACCGGCAUGCAAUAGACAUUGCCAAGAUGGCCUUGGAUAUCCUCAGCUUCAUGGGGACCUUCGAGCUGGAGCACCUUCCCGGCCUCCCGAUAUGGAUUCGCAUUGGAAUUCACUCUGGUCCCUGUGCUGCUGGAGUUGUGGGGAUCAAGAUGCCUCGUUAUUGCCUGUUUGGAGAUACAGUCAACACGGCCUCUAGGAUGGAAUCCACUGGCCUCCCCUUGAGAAUUCACGUGAGCAGCUCCACGAUGGCCAUCCUGAAGAGAACUGAGUGCCAGUUCCUGUAUGAAGUGAGAGGAGAAACAUACUUGAAGGGAAGGGGAACCGAGACCACCUACUGGCUGACCGGCGUGAAGGACCAGGAGUACAACCUGCCAACCCCUCCUACAGUGGAGAAUCAGCAGCGCUUGCAAGCUGAGUUUGCGGACAUGAUCGCCAGCUCUUUGCAGAAGAGACAGGCCUUGGGGAUAAGGAACCGAAAGCCAACCCGGGUGGCCAGCUACAAGAAAGGCACCCUGGAAUACUUGCAGCUGAACACGACAGAGAAGGAGAGCACCCACUUUUAAACCUCGGUGAGGCCUGAGGACGCAGGAAAAUUAACUCCAGCCGCCCAUGGGCAGUGAGCUCAAUGCCCCGAAGCCUGCGUUUCCCUGAGACCUCAGCGGAACAGAAGAAGACUCAGAUGCAACCUCCUGAGCCUCGGCUACCCCAGCUGGACCGUAGACUUGCUCCUGUGAAUCCGAUGUGCGCUCUCAGUGCAGUCAUGACCUUUCACUCUGGAGCCAGUUGCUCCAGGGAGCUUCAGCCUGGGAAGGAAGAGGAGUGAAUGUACUAUCUCAAAGCUGAGGAGAUUUCAUUCUUAUUUCACUUAUUUUGUUUUUGUUUUGUUUUGUUUGCUGACUCUUUUUCCUUCUGUAUUCACGAUAAGAUUUUUUUUAAUUGUCAUAAUUAUAUUUUCAGUACUUUAUCUCCAUUAAAUUAUAUUUAACUCAUAAUUUUUGUGGAAAAUGUGCUGUAUAUGAGGCAGGAAUAAAAGUUCAAAGUUUA